CUGUCAGACCUGGCAACCCAGGCCAAGGUAGCUACGGAAGCCGUCGCGUUUGCGCAACCAGGUAGCUUCCUGAAAAUGGCCAGCUGGGGAAAGUUCGCCGCCCUGUUAAGGAACGUAGCGAGGAGCUCUCGACUGCUGAAAACCUCCACAUCAUUCCGCGCUGUGGGUUCAGGUCUUCUCGGCUCUGUUAUUGGAAGCGGGAGCCUCUGGUUGUACUGCCGCCAUCAUGCUAACAGCAGGACGCUUCCCUUCGCUGUUCUGGCAGAGGAAGAAAGAUUGCAGGAACCUGCAGCUUCUCAUCUGUCUGCCAGAAAGAUCCGCUUCAUCCAGUUUGCCUCAGUGAUGUAUGAUAUGGAGCCCUACAUGACCCCAAGAGACUUCCUGUUCUCUGUCAUGCUGGAACAAGUGGACCGAAAGCUCCAGAAGAGAAUCCUAACAGCACAGGACGUGGACAACAUGUUGGCGGCUGCCUCUAAAGCUCGUCCUGGCAGCGAUCUGUUCAGGAACCUGGGAGAUAAUGGUUUGAUUUCCUACACAGAGUAUCUCUUCCUGCUGACCAUCCUGACCAAGCCGCGUACAGGAUUCCACAUAGCUUUUCAAAUGCUGGACGUGGACGGCAAUGAGCAGGUGGACAAGAAAGAAUUUCUCAAGCUCAAGAACAUAAUUGGAAAGAGUAAACUGAAAGCUUCAAAGGACGUCACUGAGAAAGCAGCAGAGGAAGCGGAAGCUGUAAAUACAUCCCUGCAGGCGUACUUCUUUGGAAGAAAAGGAUACAACAAGCUGAAGUAUAAAGAGUUUCACAGGUAUCUGUGUUGCUCAGAUUCAUGGAAGAACCUCCAAGCUGAGGUGCAGGAGAUGGAGUUCCUGCAGUUCUCCAAAGGUAUGGACACGAUGAGACGGGAGGACUUUGCAGAGUGGUUGCUUCACUACACCAACGAAGAGGAUAACGAAGUCUACUGGGAAAACAUGAGGAAGAAGAUCCCUGCUGGUCAGGUACUCAAACCCUUCCUCUCAUCACGUUUUGAGGAGUUCAAAGCCUUCUGCCUGUUCACCAACAACCUGGAGGAUUUCGCCUUCUCUAUGAAGAUGGUGACCGAGGCCAACCGUCCGGUGGGAAUGUCCCAGUUUAAACGAGCGGUGAAGAUCGCCACAGGUCACGAGCUUUCCGAAAACGUUCUGGACACCGUGUUCAAACUCUUCGACAUGGAUGGAGACAACUGUCUGAGUCACAAGGAGUUCCUGGGAGUGAAGGACCGUGUACUGAGAGGCUUGAACAUCAAAGCGGCAUCUCUGGCUACUGGGAAGUGUGUGAAGAGGAGACCCCUGAAGGGGGCUAAGGAGGCCCUGGGAGACAGCGGCUGCCCCAACUGAUGCGCUCACCUGUUCCCAUCUGAUGCGCUCAACCUGUCCCAUCU